UGAUUUCAAAGCAAAAGCUCGCCUGUAUCUGUUUGUAUUCCCAUUUCUCCCCUCACUAUUCACUUUCCUAUAUUCCACUCUCUUCGCAAACGUAAACAGUGCUGUAUUCUGUAGAGCGAGAAAAAUCAAAUAAAAUCUAACUCUAAGAUUGACCUCGCUACACUCCAACCACCUGAUCUGAAGCAGAAACUCAAGUGUGUGAGAAGGCGAUUGAUGUGGAUUUGAUGCGUGGGUAUGGUUUACUGAAAAUUGGUUUUGAUUUGCUCAUAUUUGGGUGGUUUUGGAGGCGAUCUCAAGUUUACGGUCGUUUAGUAUAGUUUUACUUUUUUCCUGGAGUUGUGAUUGUUAUUAUUUUACAUGUGAUUAUGAACACUUAGGAGGGAAGGGGAAAAAAUUGAAUUGACUCAUUGAGUGGAUUUGAGAUGGAGACUCUAGUUGUUGCUACUCAUCAUAGGAAUCACCAUCAAUAUUAUGGUAGGAAUCGUCGCCAUAAUUCAUCAAAGUUCGAUUCAUUUGGUUCAGCGUCUUCCGAUAAUUUUAGGGGAAUUAGUUGCCCGGCAUUUCAGUCUGGGGAAGGGUUACUUCCAACCCCUAUGAGAUCUUACUCCCACUCCAAUUCCUUAUCUACUCCCUUGUCACCCAAAACCCCCUCUCCAACUUUUAGUGAAAACAGAAAGGACUGGAAACCAAAUGCCAAAACCAGUCUGGUUGCUAUCCCAUUUAAGAUCAAAUUUGAAGAUGUGGGGAAAAUUCAUUUCUCUGAACGUUGGGCUGGGCCUGCUUAUUCUGUAAGCCCUCCACCGAGUUCAUUGCCUUUACCAAAGUUCUCAUUGCACCCCAAAAGAACUGUUUCCCUUGACUUGCCUACCUUUGCAUCAGAAAUCAAUAUGCGCCCAAUUGCCAAAUCUGCACCUGCUUCGCCCACCAGGGGCCGUAGUCCAUCACCCAUUGAUCUUUAUGAAUAUGAUCCAAGUUCACCUAGUUAUCCCAGAGACACAUUUGACCCCCCUUCUUUUGGCCAUCUGUUGGACAGGACUGACUCUGCGACAAAGACUCUUUGUCGCAUCCUCAACCUCGAUAUUACGGAUGAAUGACGUAACUGCUGAGUUUGCUCAGUGCUCCUGUAAGUAGGGAAGAAGUUUAUCUGCUGUUUUAGGUGGUUAGUUGUAGACUCAGUAUAAAGAAUAAGGUCUAUCCGUAGGCUAACUUGCCUUGUUUGCUUUGUGUUUAGAAGAAGUGGUUUUUUGUGAAGUUCUGGAAAUGUGAUGACUGGAUUGGUUGACUUUCGGGGAAGGUAUCUGGAUAUUGGUAAUUCUGUUUGGAUGGGCUUGGUUGGUUGGUGUGUCUGUUUCUAUUUGGUGGGUCAGAAAUGGAUAUUUUGCCAGUACAGUUGUUAGUAGAAGGAAAAGGUAAGGGUAAGGGCGAGCGUAUGCUGCCAUGGUAUUGGAUUGCUCUAACAUGGUCGUUGAUAUUGCACUUGGUCAGUUGAAUGUAUCUCGACUUAGGCAUGUUUCUUGCUGUUGGAUUAGCUAUAAAGCUCUCUCACACUUAUAUGUGGGCUGACUCAUUCUCGCUCUACCUACUACCUCAUUACAUUCGGGUCCUUUCUUUCUGCAGCUUGUAUAUAUUUCAGGAUCUUACUUGGUUAUGUUCUCCAGGAUAUACCUCUAGGCUCUAUAUCCUCUCACCUGAUACUGCCGAUUAUUAGCCUUGACAUUAAUCUUAAUCUCGUUAGCUUUCUCUUUUCGCCUGCCGAACUCUUAAAUUAUGUCUGAUGUAGUUCUAUAGUUAAUCAUCACUUGUCCUUCCAUCUAUUGUUAUUUCUUAGCAAUAGUUGCUAACUUCUUUGUUGCAUUGCAAAGAUGUGGAUUUCCCUUUGCUAUAUUUUCUGGUUUUUGAAUAGAAAAAUGGGAAGGGAAAUCAAACUAGAUUAUUAUUCCGCUCUUAGUUCUUAGACUUGGUCCAUGUGGAGCUGGGUCUAGUGAGUUUGAUGGUGUCUCUUUGAUCGGUCAACAUUUAUGCUUGGGCUUUGAUGGAUACUGCUAUCGUUUGUGAGCUUUUCCUGCGGCUCUUAAUACCUAGAAACUAUAUUUCUUUGUUUGGCAGGUUUCAUAAAAAAAGGCUGUUUACAGGUAAAUCAUGGACAGAGUUUGGUGCUAUUUUUAUCAUACUUUUUAACGGGCAUAUAGAUUAUACAUGCAUUAUUUUCAUUGCAGUGGUUUCAGGUGUUUCUGAUGCGAGAAAAUUAUUUCAGUGAUAUGUCAGUACCUGGCCUUAGUAGACGUGCUCCUCAUUCAGAUGUACUGAAUUUUAUCUAGUUUACCAUAGAUAGCUAUAGCUUGUUUACAAUACUAGAGGUUAUCUACAUUGUCAUUCUCUCUUGUUAAUGUAGUGAACAAUUUCUCUGGUCGAUGUUUCCUAGAAUUUCUUAUAUUUUCUGUUCUAUGAUUAGUUUGUUGUUAUAUAUAUCUACUUCUAUUGUGUUGUUCUUA